UCUCGCUCAGCUCCGUCUGCGUUAAUUUCCUCCCGAGAACAAGAAUCGGUUUGGCUUGCAUUCCCGUUCUAGUGAUGUCGUCCAAGUGCCCAUCGAAGUCACCGUUGUUCGUCGCAUGUUUCCGCGGAACCGUUUUGUGUAUUCGAUCCUCGUGAAGUUAAUUUUGUUGUUUUACGUGUUUGCACACACGCACGCACUCGGCGGCCUCGAUCGUUUCCUGCUGCUGCUGGUGCUUUAUGUUCUACCCAGCACGGAAUCAUCACCGUUCUUGAUCAACGCAGCCCCAGGAGUCGUAGAAGAACGCAAAUCGAAGUGAGCGGCGGCAGCGACGACAGCGGUGGCGAUGGAAAUCAGAACCAUGCCGGAGGGCACCUCCCCCUGCCUUUAGAGUGUCGUCUUACGCCCACCUACGGCAACGGCGGAUCUGCAGUUCAUCGACUCGCCCGCUACAGUCCCGUUGCUGAGUUCGAGAGAAGUUUUACGGAAAUCUCUGAUUCAUCGUUUUACGAUUGUUGUUGUUGUUCUACGACAAUCUGUUCCGUUGUUAUCGCGUUAUCGUGUCCCCGGUGCCGCUUGUUUUGGUUGUUCCCACGGAAUCAGAAUCUGUACCCGAUAUUGGCCGGUCCGUCGGUAUCUCUCUCGGUCUCAGUAGUCCCCUUCUACCUCCGCCUACGCCUCUUUCGCGGCCGCGCUUCUGGGUUAUCAGCCCAGCCCAGAGGAACGGUUUGAAAAGGGGAACCUGCAACACGGAGUGCAAGUGUCCGCGGUGGUCGUUGUGAAUCCCUUUACACUGUGCCUUUGUCCGUCGAAGUGCCUCUCGACAGUGGAGUUGAUAAAUAAGAAUUCUUGGAAAACGAGUCGUUGUCCGGCGCGCGCGUGCUUAUGUUCUGGAUCCAGGCGACAGUGUCAGUGACGGGAUCGCGAAUUACUUUGUUCAAACAACGGUCCCUAUUUUAACCGAAAACGUCUCACAACAUCGAUAAGCAAUAUAGAAAGAGCAUUGAAUUCCCUGCUGGAGUGUGUUCCCGGGCGCUGUCUGCUGCGAUCGUCCUAAAACAUUAAAGCAACGGGCGUGACAUCCUGGCAACCAGAUGGCGACGAUGAAUAAGGAGGUCUAUCAUGAGGGCUGGCUCAUCAAGUCACCUCCGACGAAGCGAAUCUGGCGUGCGCGAUGGCGCAGACGAUGGUUUACGCUGAAGCAGAGUGACGUGCCGGGCCAGUUCUUUCUCGAGUACUACACCGACCGCAAUUGUCGCAAACUAAAGGGUACGAUCGAUCUCGAUCAGUGCGAGCAGGUCGACGCUGGGUUGCGGCUCGAUCGGCAGAAGGAAAAGUACGCGCACAUGUUCGACGUGAAGACACCGACCCGUACCUAUUACCUCGCAGCCGAAACCGAGGACGAUAUGCGCGGGUGGGUGAACUGUAUCUGCCAGGUGUGCAACCUGCAGGAAACGCAAAGUGUCGACGAUCGUCCCUAUUACAAUAUCGGUGCGAUCAACAUGAACGAGGCAGUUAAUAUGGCAGUUGAAACGAGAGCACCGGGAAAGACGAACACCGGUGGCCUCGGAACUAAUACGACCGAAACGGAUGUUUCUAAUGAAACCGAAACGACCAUUCUCAAUCACUCGAUGGUGGCGGUUGCUGGCGGUGCAGGAGAACAGCAGCAGCAGCAGCAGCAGCAGCAAGGCCGCAGCUACAGCAACAACCCGUACGGAACGUAUCAGAAUGAGGAGAUGAUGGGACUGAGAUCGACGGCCAAUGGCGAGUACAGCAAUCGCGAGACGAUCAUCUGUGAAGCAAAGCUGCACACGCAGCAGCAGCAUGCAGCAGCGGAAGCAUACUCGAACUUUGACGUCAUCAUCGAACGCUCCCAAUCACUGCGUGGUAAACCGAACGGGCAUGCCGGUGCUGCAGCAUCUGUGGCACCUGGUGGAGCUACCCACAGUGCUACCGGCAAUAGCUCGCUCGUGAACCAUAUGCGCACUCAGUCACUCAACAUCGAGCAACGGGGAACACGCAAGAUCCCGGAGAAUCUAAAGCUUACCGAUCGUUCACCGUCGACCAGUGCAUUCGACAGUGGCCCAGAGCAACCGUCACCGGCCCUUAGCACCUCAUCGGGACCUUACAUCCCGAUCAGCGAGUGUUACUCGGGCAGUCCGGUAACUCCACUGAACUCGCUCGAUCCUCGCUUCUACGAAACGCCCCGCAGUCACGCCAACGUUGGCUUUAACCUGAACGUCAGCAACGAACAACCGUACUCACCGAAGCGCAGUAACGUGGGCCAGCAGGCCGGAGCGGGUCCAUCGUCGCUCGCCACGGUUCGAGCACCCGGAGUUGUGCCCGGAAGCGGGAAAUCCAGUCCAUCCGAUUCCGAAAGUGUCUUUACGGAUGACGAAUGGACGGCACCGGUGGCCAAUGGGGGCAGCGCUGUUGGUGCCAGUGUCGGUUCCGGUGUGAUGAUUCGCGGCGCGUCGAACGGAGUAUCGACGAUUGAUCGCAAUACGCGCCCUUCGGAUAGCUCGAUUGAGAAUGAUGCCGUCGGUUGGACGUACGUACAGCGGUUCUCUAAAGUACCGAAUGCACCGGAGGACAAGCAGCAACCACAGCAGCAACAGCCCGCGCAGCAAACGAAAGGUGCCUCUAGUGGUAAUGGAGCGGCGGUAAGCAAGGCUGCUGCCAGUGCUCCACCGAGACCACCGAAAAGGGCGAGCAUGAACCUGGAUGGCAUCGAGAAAAGCAAAGAUUUCAUCUCAUCCGAUACGGAGAACGUUUCACCGGCAAUCAUGGGACCAAAGGAUGCCAGCUCGUGCAUCGAGGAAUUCUACGACAUCCCACGCUCCCAUCAGCAUCCAUACACCGGGAGCAGCAUGCAUCUGGACGGUGAUCUACUGUCACCGCUUAGCCACUGCGAUCUGGUCGCAUCCAGCACGCCCAAUCUGAUCAGUGAGUUCGGUGGUAGCGUCUGUGGAACGUUGGGCCGCAAUCCACGGCCACACUGCUACACGAAUGCCGCUCCGACCAAGGUGGAAGGCAACGUGUUCCGUUUCGAUUUCAGCGAGCAGCCUGAUGCUCCGGCCAUCAAUCGUCGAUUGAAACCACGAGGCUCGUCGAUGGAUAUCACUAAAUCGAUCGAAUCAAUCACCCAAGGUGUGAAACAGCUCGGUACUGUACCACCGGCCACACCCGGUGCCACUGGGCAACCACAAGCGGUAGUACCGAUGGCUAAGAGUCCACCAACGAUUGAUCGCACCCGGAAGCCUGCCACACCAAACAUCGGCUCAUUGCGUCGCAAGGGAGGACCAGUCGUGUCGCUGAACCUCGCCUCUAGCCAAUCAACGGAGAGCACUUACGGGAACACCACCCAACACGACGGAAGCGUCAUUUCGCCGCAAGUGCAACUGGUGAGCAUCUCACCAAGAGCGCCACCACCCGGCAAGAACGAAGAUCGUCUUCAGUAUCUGGAUCUCGACCAUUCAAACAGUCCCCAGAAGCCACACGGCAACAACAGCAACAAUGGAUCUGGGCCUGGGGGAAUGCUGACGCAUGGCAACGACGCCAAACAGUCGGCAAGCGGCAAGCUGAGUGAUGCCGGUAGCGGUGGAGCAGGUGCCCAUAAUCAUGGUACUGGUAGUGGUGGCCAUCCAGGAUCUAGUGCUUCCGGUGGGGGCAGUACACGAUCCCUCGACAUCACCAAAGCGCCGGCUCCCCUUCUUUCCAACCGCACACCGUACACGACAGUGGACUUCGUGAAGACCGAUGCGUUCAAUCGUAUUCGCGCCGACUCGGAGCUAACGCGCUCGCAGCAACCGCGCCAAAAGGAUCCUUCUACUUGAGGAGGCGACUCGCUGCUACAGCAGUGAGUAGCGUCUUAGCCGCCUUGCUAAGUGCAAUUACUGCAAAGUCUGCCUUAUCAUCGUCUCUAUUAGCAACAAAACACCAAACAGCGCUUUCUUCAUAAUCCUGUUUACCUCUUCCAGCUGCCUUGCCUGUGCCUUGUUAUGUUUUAAGUGAUUUGGAGAUGUUGGCCAUUCCGACCGCUUUCUAAUAGCAACAGCAAGAAACGAGAGAGAGAGAGAGGGCCUAUAGGUACAUGAUACACACUAUCCUGUGAUUACGCUAGCGAGACGCGCUUCGCUCAACGAGCACAAAAAGCAGCAUUUGAUCGAAACAGAAAGCUUCCAAAGUAGUAGCGUACCAGCGUACGCUGUUUCCAUGUUUAGCAGUAGUUAGGUAAACCUCGAAACACUUUUCUAUUUUACACUUUGCCUAACGUUUAAUGUCCUAAGCUAUCCAUUUUACUCUCGUAACGAACGUAUCCGUGUCUGUCCGUCCCUGGAUGCGACACACGGACGAAAACCUUCCGUCAGCAUUUCACUCUUUACGAACAGCUUUUACGGUUCUAGCUUGUAAACGAUUUAUCUCGAAUGAUUGUACACUUUCGAAUGUAUUUCCUUUUUUUAGUUUUUAAGAACACGCCCAAUGCCAGCGGCAGAGACAGACAAGCAAAAACCAACUGUAUAUCGUAUUCCGUUACUACUCACCAGCAGCAGCUUCGUUAGCUCUUUGCGAUGCCGGAAUCGUGGCAACAGAGGGCCUAGGCUUAAUGUAACGUUAGUACUAUAUACCGCACAAGACUAAACGCACAAAAAAAUUAAUUAAAAGCAAAUAAAACAAAGAACUGGCUGGCUGAAACAUUGUCAUCUCUCCUAAUUUUUCGGAGAAGCCAUGAUCAUCGUAAA